AUGCGGAGCUCUUCUCCUAGCAAAGUUGUACGAGUUAAUCAACCAAGCUAUGCACAUCGAAAUAAUGCAACAUUCUGGACAGAUUCCACCAUCGCAUUACACUGGAUCAACACACAACCAUCUGCAUUGAAAACCUUUGUUGCCAACCGCAUCGCCGAAAUCAGAGAGAAGACCUCACCUGACCAAUGGAAACACGUGCCCACAGAGUACAACCCAGCCGACGGAUUAUUCAGAGGACUCUCACUAGUUGAAUUAGCAAAACAAACAAUAUGGCAGUCAGGCCCAUCAUGGUUGGCGCAACCCAAAGACAACUGGCCACACCUCGAACUAAAAUUACCAAAUACAAUUCCGGAGAGCCGUAAUAACUUUUGUUUCAAGAUGGAGAUCCUUCCCAACCAACUAUUACGACGAUACUCCAAUUUUGAUAAAUUCACUCGAAUAAUAGCAUACUGCCUUCGAUUCAGGUCACCACGACCUAAAGGUCCGCUGCAGCCAGCUGAAUUAGAAAGAGCCAUCAAGAUCAUAGUGAAAUGGUUGCAAGAGGAAACCUUUCAACGCGAGUUGUGCGAAUUGCGAAAAAAUUGCAAAAUACACAACAAGAGCAAGUUGCUCACAUUAAAUCCAUUCCUAGAUAGCGAUGGAAUUAUCCGAAUCGGAGGAAGACUCGUUCAAGCCAACCAAUCAUAUCAUGCUACCCAUCCAAUUGUCCUUCCAAAAUCCCAUCAUAUUGUCUCCCUGAUCAUACAAUCCUACCACAUCAAAAAUCUUCACGCUGGAGCUCAGACUACACUCUACUCUAUUAGACAAAGGUACUGGCUACUUGACGGACGAAACCAAGUCAGAAGAGUAGUCAGAAGUUGCAUUAAAUGUUUUCGAGCGGCCCCACCAUCAACGAAUUAUCCAAAGGGAGAUUUACCGGCAGUCAGGGUAAAUGAAGCACCACCCUUCACGAACGUUGGUGUUGACUACUGCGGGCCAUUCUACAUUAAGGAAAAGAAGAUCCAUGCAAGACCACAAAAGGAGGACAAGAUUUAA